CCUCCCUCCUCCUCCUCCUCCUGUGCUUAAAGUCAGGGGCCCACAUGAACUCCGGCCUGUGGCUGUGCCAGCAAGCACCCAGAUGCGGGAACCAGAUGUACAACCCCAUGGAGAAAUGCUGUGAUCGUGACACCAUCCUGUCCUUCAACCGGACCAACCUCUGUGGCCCCGGCUGCACGUUCUGGCCCUGCUUUGAGCUCUGCUGUCCUGAGUCCUUUGGACCCCAGAAGAGAUUUGUUGUGAGACUGAAGGUUCUAGGCAUGAAGUCACGGUGCCCUACCUCUCCCAUCUCCAGAGUCUGUCCCAACUUAUGAGGGACAACCCAGCCAUCUUACUGGAACCUUGGAAUAUCUGGCUAAAAGCACACACCCUAGGAUAUGAGAGUAAAUGGGUGGGUGGCAUAGUUUUCAAGUGAUAAAAACAUGUUCUAGAUUCCGUUGAGGUUAGAUGUGUUCUUUCUGAAUUUCCUAUGGCAACUUGCUGAGAAAUGAUUACACAGGAACUUCUCUCUGCUCCUAAAGCCACCCCCUGCCCACAGCAAUCAGUGUCUCCUCAGUCAGCCUAAGUAUUUUCUCUCUCCUCUGGGUCAGGGUUCUUCUCUCAUCAAGGGAACAAGGAGUGAGGCUGGGGAGGUGGAUAUUCCUCCAUGUGGGGGGAGAUGACCCAGCCCCAGAGCCACCUUGUGGUUCCUGCACCUGCAGCUCCUAUGGGAGGUGGGAAGGGUCUGAGCUGC